AUGGGUAAAACACAGAAGAAGAACAGUAAGGGCCGUUUGGAUAGGUACUACUAUCUUGCUAAAGAGAAGGGCUAUAGAGCCAGAUCCUCCUUUAAAUUGAUACAGAUAAAUGAAAAAUUUGGUCACUUCUUAGAAAAGUCAAAGGUUGUUGUAGACCUCUGCGCGGCUCCCGGGUCGUGGUGCCAGGUUGCCUCCAAUCUUUGUCCUAUGAAUUCAUUAAUCAUCGGAGUGGAUAUUGUACCUAUGAAACCGCUUCCUAAAUGUAUUCUUUUUCAAUCAGACAUAACCACUGAAGAUUGUCGCUCGAAAUUACGUGGACAUCUUAAGACUUGGAAGGUUGACACCUUUCUUCAUGAUGGCGCACCCAAUGUCGGACUAGGGUGGGUUCAAGAUGCAUUCACCCAAUCGCAGCUUGUCCUCAAAGCUCUCAAGCUUGCCGCUGAGCAUCUCAUUCAAGGGGGCACAUUCAUAACGAAAGUUUUCAGAUCAAAGGAUUACAAUAAUUUGAUAUGGGUAUUUCAACAGUUAUUCGACAAGGUGGAAGCAACAAAACCUCCGGCUUCAAGAAAUGUGUCAGCUGAGAUAUUCGUUGUUUGCAAGGGAUUCAAAGCUCCAAAAAAGUUGGACAAUCGAUUGCUCGACUUAUCCGAAGUUUUUGAAGAGAUUGUCAAGCCACAAGAAUCUAGUGAAGCAAAGGUUUUCAAUCCAGAAAAAAAGACCCGGAAAAGAGAGGGAUAUGAAGAAGGAAAUUAUUUAUUAUACAAAGAAAUGGACUUGCUCGACUUUAUUCGGGAUGAAGAACCAAUUAAGCACUUGGGGGAGCUCAACAGAUUGACUGAACCUCCUCUUGACAAUAAGGAGUGGAAACUUUUGUUGAAAAUGAAAUUAUGGAGCCCUGAAUUGAGGGAAUGCGUCAAUGAUUUAAAGGUGUUGGGCAAAAAAGAGUUCAAGCGCAUUCUCAAAUUUCGUAAGCAAGCAAGAAGUGUGCUUUUGCUUGAUCAGAAGAGCGAAGAGGAAGGCACUGAAGAAGUUUCUCCAUUGACAGAGGAAGAACAAAUCAGUCAGGAAUUAGCAUCCUUGCAAGAAAAGUUGCGUCAAAAACGAAAACGAGAGAAGAAAGCUGCAAACGAGUCCAAGCAGAAGGAAAUCAAGCGAUUACAAAUGAAUAUGCUUACUGAUAUGUCUAUUGGUAUCGAUGCUGCUGACAAUUCCUCUCAAACGCUUUUUAAUUUGAAUGCAGCCCGUAAGACGGGUCAAAUUGAAGCACUUACAAACGGGAAAAAAAGAAUGGUUCUUUCAGAUAAAGCUCAAAAUACCGAUGUAUCGUUUGAUGAUACAGAAUCAAAGCCUAACUCAGACUCAGAUAUAUCGGACCUUGAGGAUGAGCUUGAAUUGAUGUAUAAACAAUUUAAGCUUAGGCAAGCUGAGAAAAGUUCUAGACUCAAGUCUAAGCUUAGUCGAGGACAUCAUGAAGAUGAAAAUUGGGAGGGUAUUCAAAGUGACUCAGAUAGUGAAAGUGAGUCCGUCAGUACGAUCCAGGAUGUCGACGAAUCUGACGACGAGGCAAUUGAAGACAUGGCUAAAAAUAGGGAUGCUUCGCUGUGUACGUUGACGAAUGAGGCACACAUGUUCUAUUCGUUGAACCCAAUUCUUUCAAAAAUCGACGAGAGCGUGCUUCUUGAAUCUUUGUCGUCCAAUUCAUCAGGCGAAUUGAAGGUUUUGGAGGGUGUUAGCGAUUCCUCAGAGGGUCAUCCAACGGAUGAUGUUAUGAGUGAUAAUUUUGGCAUCGUUGCUGAUGAUCUGAUGGAUAAGAGAAGCGAUUCACAUGACUCAAAGGUCGAAAUCGACACAGUAGAGGCAAUGACACUAGCGCAUCAAGUUGCGUUGGGUAAAAAAAAUCUUCAUGACCUUAUCGAUGAGGGAAUCAAUAGAUAUUCUUUCCGUGAUAAAGAUAGCUUACCAGAUUGGUUCAUAGAGGACGAGAAGAAGCACUCAAAGAUCACUAAACCAAUCACAAAAGAAGCUGCUGCCACAAUUAGGGAGAAACAAAAGCAACUCAAUGCACGUCCGAUCAAAAAAGUCUUAGAAGCACAGGGUCGAAAGAAGAUGAGAGCUGUGAAAAGACUCGAAAAGUUAAAGAAAAAAAGCGAUCUCAUUAAUGAAGAUACAGAUAAGAGUGAAAAAGAUAAGGCUGAUGAAAUUCAGAGGUUGAUGCGCAAGCUAUCGAGAAAAGGCGCUACAAAACCUAAAGCAACUCUUGUUGUGGCGAAGGGACACAACCGUGGCUUGAGUGGAAGGCCAAAAGGUGUGAAAGGUAAGUAUAAGAUGGUGGACGGUGUCAUGAAAAAUGAACAAAGAGCAUUAAAAAGAAUAUCCAAGAAGCAUCGGAAAUAA